AAGUUGUAAACUGAAGGCUGUAAAUGUCAAAGCAAGAGUAGAAAUCAAAAAGCUUUUAUUCAAAUAAAACGCUUAAAGGACAUAAUCUUCGAAGAUAAUACGAUAUGAAAACUCUUUGUAAAACUUCAGACAAACAAUGAGUGCCUUGUAUAUCACAAUAAUUCUAAUUGCGGCUGUCGCAUUAAUGCAAGUAGCUCCAACCCUGCAUGAUCUCCAGGGUGACUAUGGUAUAUCCCUCAACAAUUUCAAUUUCAAGGGAAGGAAUAGCAUUGCUAGCGAGAGCUUUGGCAAUUCUACAACAAAUAGCUCUACUCUUGGGCCCGUUCCAGGAAACGUUACCUCUACGCUCAGUCCUGUUCCAAAGAACGUCACCUCCACAGUGCCACUCAAAAACGUCACUUCCACGUCAACGUUCCCAAAAAACGUCACAUCAACGUCCGUGAUUCAGACGACAAGCAAUCUAACACCUUCUGCUCGUUUUUAUUGCAUUCUUGUCGUAUUUCUUACCCUAAUCUAUUCAUAAUGAAAAAAAUAGUGCAGCCGUCAAGCAGCACAUUUCCAAAGAUUUUAUCAUACGUCUAAACAAUGUCAAAACAUACUGUAAUAAGUUGAGAAUUCAUGUUAUAAAUCCACAUUGCGACUUUGAUUGAAAGAUGUUGGGUUGGUUCAAAAGUUCUGACUUUAUGGUUUCUUGUUGAGUAUUGAUUCAAGGGA